AUGAAACGGACUGUCACAUUUCGAGCGACCACAAAAACAUUCUUUAAGUAUGAUCCGGAUCAGUUCGCCGUGCAAGUUCGCGAGUUUAAUGUUGUGGACCUCGAACGCCGUGAAGAAUCGGACACGCAGGUGGUGGACAUGCGUGUCUUUCUAGAUUAUAGACCUGUUCAGGCAAGAGCAUCAUCUUUGCAAAUAGAGGUUGCUUUUGACGAGUCUCAGAGGAAAGCUCAGUAG